AUGGGCCACAGUGGGGAGGAGGACCGGGAAGAUGUCCAGUCGGAGAUGGACCAAAGUCGGGGUAUCAGUCUGGACCUUGUUCUGCAUAGGAUAGGGCUCAGGGACGACGAGAUGGGGCUGGGGGUGUACUCUGGAAAUGCUAGUCCUGAAAACUAUACAGACAACUUCAAUCCACUGCCUGCAGAGGGCGAUGAUGAAGACUUGGAUCAUGGCUCUGGUCCGUCGAUGGUUGGCACUGACCUGGAUGUUUCAGAUAAGGAGGGCUACGAACCUGAGCAGCACUGUCACACUACCAAGGGUCUGAAUGAUGACGUAACUCCCCAAAAGACCCACCAAGUCCCCAGAGAAACAUCCCCUAACCACCACUGCCCCAACACACAGCCUGCUGCCCCCUCCAGAGCACCCAGCCUACCCCCCCUCAUCACCCCAGAAGAACUACCCAGCCUGGGCAUUCUCGACGAAAUCUUCCCCGAAAUCCACUGGUCACAAAGCUCCAGUUCACUGUCCAGUCCUCGACCCAAAGAGCCAGAUGUCAAGUCCCAUAAUCCAGCAAGUGAAACAAGAGCUUUAAAGGAGCACGGUGCUGUGAGUAAGAUCCCUGUGAAGGUGUCCGUGACCAGGGAGAAGGGGAGUGUGACGGAGGAGACGCGGUUAAGCACUACGAGUUUAUUUAAAGCGGGGCCACGGUCUCCCAAAUCCUGCUGUCAGAACAAACCAAGUCCAGAGAGAGAAAAGAGGGCGCACAGGAGACAGAAGAAGCCUGCUCUGUUUAGCUCGGGGGUUCCGAUGGCGCUCCGGCCGGACCUGUCCAAAGUGGAGCCCAGGGUUCACUUCCCCAAAGACAGCUACACCCCUCCACAGAGCCGCCACCCCAAGAGGAGUGACUGUCAGUCCCCGGAGCGCCCCCUGGUGUACAUGUCCCCGGCUGACAUCGUGACGGAGGUCCUGUUCAGCCCUGCAGACGAUGGAGCAGACCCAGAGGAGGAGGAGCACACCCUUGAGGCACUCUCCAUAUUUCCCCCAGAUUUCAGGUCCAAGCAGCAGGCCAUCGCUCUGGUCAAUGAGCUGCAGGAGGAGAACAGCAGGCUGAAGCUGAAGUGUGCUGAGGCGGCCAACACCAUCGACCGGUUGCGUCUGGAGGGAAAGGUGAAUUUGUACUCAGAUCCUCCUAAACCCGGGCUGCCUCUGCACUCAGGCCUCAGAACACAGGCCUCCCGACCUAUGACCCUGGAGAUCCCCUGUCCUCAGAGGGCAGAGGUCAGCCCCUCCUGCCCCUGCCCCUCCCCGCAGACCGGAGCGCGACACACACAGCACAGAAGUCCUGUGUCUUCCACAUCUACCUCAGAGGGAAGUGGCUCAGACAUAUUUGACACACUAUAUCAGCAGGCUCACGGGUUUCUACAAGAUGUGGAGGCCUUUGAGGGGAGCCUACAGAGGACUGAAGGACAAACCAAACAGCAGAUGCAGGUCGUCCAUGAGCUACUUCAAAGACUGGAAAGCCUGGAAAAAAGCUACCUGUCAGCUAAGAAAGAGCAUAAACAGCUACAGAGGCAGGGAGUGCAGACAGGCAGCUUUGACCCUCACAGAGAGCUUGAGAGUUUGAUCUUCCAGUGCGGUCUACAGAUGGACGAGGUGAAGGAGCGGGUUCUGCAGCAAUCAAACAGACUGGCUCCACCCAUUUGCCAAGCUCCUCCCACUCAUCAAACCACACCCCCUCAACCUCUUCAGACCCCGCCCCUUCCCAUCCACGCUGCAGUGGAGGUCCCACAGUACAGUAGCUCUCCAUCCUCCACAUGCUCCUCAGUGAGAAGAUGUAAUGCGGCAGAGAGACUGUACCAGCAGACUGAGGCCUUUCUGGAUCAGGUGAAGGCUUGUGAGGAAAACCUUCGAGCAGGAAAACUAGAGCCACAGCACCAGGCAAAGCUUGUGCAGGAGCUCCUUCAGAAGGCGGACACUUUGGAGAGGAGGUACCAGUCUGCAGAGAAAGAACAUGAGCGAAGGCAGAGGCAGAGUGAGGAGAGAGGCUGCUUUGACCCUCAGAGGGAGCUGUACAGUCUGAUCCUGCAGAUCUCUCUGCAGAUAAACCAACUACAGCAGCACAUUAUCCAGAGAGAAGCCACACCCUCCCAUCAAGCCACGCCUUCUCAACAACAAGCCACACCCACCAACCAAUCCACUCCUCUGCCAUCUCUGCCAACACAGCCACAGUGUUCUGCUCAGUGUAGAGUGCAGAGGAUCCAGUGUGACGCUUCAUCUGCUGCGCCUGGUCCACCUUUCACCACAGUUUUGAAGAGCCCCCAGCCCCAAACCCCUGCACCUGCCCCUGACCCUCUCAAAGCUGGACACGACGAGCCAGACUACAUCCAUCUGUACCACAGCCUCAGAGUCCUGCCUGUGCCUUUAGUGAAGGACCUGAACUGUCAUGGCCGCCCUGUAACAGCAGGACCUCAGUGUGAAUGUGAGGAGGCCCCGAGGCUGUCCAUGGCCAACGCUCAGACGCCUUAUAGACACAGAGAAACUGACAAUGCUCAGCCAAGUCAUCCUCCAACAAAAUCCAACCACCCCCAGGAUCUUCCUCAGCCCUCUCCCAGCAGCAGCACGCCUCAAGUGGACAGCUCGUUCACUGCAGAGGCUUUGGACCCCCACACACAUAGUACUCCCAGCAGAGGACGGUCUGAGAUGGUACAGUCCACCAGCAGAGGAGGGUCUGAGAUGGUACAGUCCACCAGCAGAGGAGGGUCUGAGAUGGGACAGUCCACCAGCAGAGGAGGGUCUGAGAUGGGACAGUCCACCAGCAGAGGAGGGUCUGAGAUGGUACAGUCCACCAGCAGAGGAGGGUCUGAGAUGGUACAGUCCACCAGCAGAGGAGGGUCUGAGAUGAUACAGUCCACCAGCAGAGGAGGGUCUGAGAUGGGACAGUCCACCAGCAGAGGAGGGUCUCAGGUGGGACAACCCCCCAACAGCAGCCUGAGCAGCAUGAGGGAGGCCCCGGACAGGACGGGCCACAUCUGUAAAGUGGAGCAGGGGUCUCAGGAUGGACUGAUCUCUCCAGGCGCAGACAGUGGCUUUGUGGGGUCAGAGGGAAGUCACCUGACACCUGCUGCAGUGACCAGUCCUGUCCACCAGAGGGAGCCAUCAGAUGGUCUAGAUGUGCCCUUUUUGGUUCCAUCUCCUGGUCCCUCCAUGAGCAGGCAGACCAAAGAGGGGCUGGUGGUAAAAGCUAAGCCCAGCCUGAGGAGCCGCAGAGGGGGGAAGAGACGUGCCUCCUCAGCCUCCUGCUCCCAGCUCCCCAGAGGCGGCCACAUGCACAGUGACUGCAGCCAGUACAGCAGCACUACAUCUGAAGAGGUCCACAGUGACCUCUCCUCUGGCUCCUCCCUCUCCCGCUGUGGCCCCUCCUCCAAUCGCCAUGGUGACCGUGACCCUCUCAAAGUCCCAAACACUGGUCGAGGAGCAAGGCCCAAUGAGCUGUUCCAUGAGCUACAGGCUGAAGUACUGCAUCUGAGGGACAACAUGGACUGGUUUGUGAGGAACAGAGCAGACAGGAACCUCCCCAGCACCUCCACUCCUAUCAGCAGGUCUGAUAGACACAAGGCAGCUCAUAGGGACAGGAGAGACAGAGGGACGACUGAAGACGGGACAGGUGUAAAGAGGCAGACUGACCACACGAGGGCAGUGUUGAGCAAACUAUCCCAAACUGACAGCUGUUUCCCUCAGCAGGUGUCCAGACUCACCCAGACGUCCGCUGACCCCCUCACGCACCCAGAGACAGAGCACAGACCACACCUCAGACACAGCUCAGAAAGGACAGGAGGAGGAGACAGAGAUAGCAGGGCUUCUGUGUGCGUUGAGUGUCUGCGGAGAGGCAGGUCCAGGGGUAUGUUAUACUUCUGCGGUGACACAUUUACACUUGUGAUUUAUUAUAAAACCAUGUUUGUUUCUCGGCUUCUCUUGGAGGUCUUAAAGAGGAUACGUCCACCCCCUCACUCCACUGUCCCCACCAGUGGCUGUGUGGAGCAGCUGAGACAGGUCUGGACGGUUGCAGCCACAGACGGUCUCAGACUGUCCCCUCCUCAGACAGAGCUGUGUCCUGUGUCCCUGUGUGUGCUCACCCUCUGCUGGUGUACUCCCCCCCUCCUCCCACCCUCCUGUCCCCCUCUCAGAGCGACGACCGGCGCAGGCUCCGGAGACCCAGAGAGGGGAGGUGGGGCCGUCGUUUACCCGCAGAAGGACUCUCUUCUCUGGACGAGCCCCUGAGCCGAGCCCUGAGAGCCGCCCGGAGCAUGAAGAACACGUCCAGACACAUGGUCCAUACACUGGCAUCGGGCCUGCAGUACCAGCACACACUCGCCUACACGCGCUGACAUGAGGGAUUA